CUGGUGGCCUUGGUGACCUUCCUCUGCUUCCUGGCCUCGAGAGCGCACGGGGCCUACGCGGCGCUGGCCGGCCUGGAGACGGGAAGCACCCUCCUCUUCCUUCUGCUCUACCUGCUGAAGCUCGACCUUCGGAUGUCGUUGAGCGAUAUUUUCAACUCGGUGAUUGCAGCGUUGUCCCUCCUCAUUGUGUGCUUGUUUGCAAUAAUAUUCAAGACCAACAAUGGGACAUUGGCUGGAGGAGUGUUUGGUCUUGUGUUGCUUGUUCUCUGUGUUGCCGACGCAGUUCUGCUUUACAAGAUUGCCAUUCAUAGACCAAGAGGAAGGACUGCUCCUGCCAAAUAA